CUGACGGACUGGCCGAGCGGGCGGCGAGAGUCCGGCGCGUUGGGAGCGGGCCGCGCGGCACCAUGUCGGCUAAGGUGCGGCUCAAGAAGCUGGAGCAGCUGCUCCUGGACGGGCCCUGGCGCAACGAGAGCGCCCUGAGCGUGGAGACGCUGCUCGACGUGCUCGUCUGCCUGUACACCGAGUGCAGCCAGUCGGCCCUGCGGCGCGACAAGUAUGUGGCCGAGUUCCUCGAGUGGGCGAAGCCGUUUACGCAGCUGGUGAAGGAGAUGCAGCUUCAUCGAGAAGACUUCGAAAUAAUUAAAGUGAUCGGACGAGGUGCUUUCGGUGAGGUUGCUGUUGUCAAAAUGAAGAACACUGAACGAAUUUAUGCGAUGAAAAUCCUCAACAAGUGGGAAAUGCUUAAAAGAGCAGAGACCGCUUGUUUCCGCGAGGAGCGCGACGUGCUGGUGAACGGCGACUGCCAGUGGAUCACGGCGCUGCACUACGCCUUCCAGGACGAGAACUACCUGUACUUGGUCAUGGAUUACUACGUGGGUGGUGACUUACUGACCCUGCUCAGCAAGUUUGAAGACAAGCUUCCCGAAGACAUGGCAAGAUUCUACAUCGGUGAAAUGGUGCUGGCCAUCGACUCCAUCCACCAGCUUCACUAUGUGCACAGAGACAUUAAGCCUGACAACGUCCUUUUGGAUGUGAAUGGUCACAUCCGCCUGGCCGACUUUGGAUCCUGUUUGAAGAUGAGUGACGAUGGAACUGUCCAGUCCUCCGUGGCCGUGGGCACCCCCGACUACAUCUCGCCGGAGAUCCUGCAGGCGAUGGAGGACGGCAUGGGCAGGUACGGCCCCGAGUGUGACUGGUGGUCUCUGGGCGUCUGCAUGUACGAGAUGCUGUACGGAGAGACGCCCUUCUACGCCGAGUCCCUCGUGGAGACCUACGGAAAGAUCAUGAACCACGAGGAGCGAUUUCAGUUUCCGUCCCACGUCACGGAUGUGUCUGAAGAAGCCAAGGACCUCAUCCAGAGACUGAUCUGCAGCAGGGAGCGCCGGCUGGGCCAGAAUGGGAUAGAGGACUUCAAAAAGCACGCGUUCUUCGAGGGUCUGAAUUGGGAAAAUAUACGAAACCUUGAAGCACCGUAUAUUCCUGAUGUGAGCAGUCCUUCCGACACGUCCAACUUCGAUGUGGACGACGAUGUGCUGAGAAACACGGAAAUAUUACCUCCUGGCUCUCACACAGGCUUCUCCGGGCUGCACUUGCCAUUCAUCGGCUUUACGUUUACAACGGAAAGCUGCUUUUCUGACCGAGGCUCCCUCAAGAGCAUAAUGCAGGCCAGCACGCUGAGCAAAGACGAGGGUGUGCAGCGCGACCUGGAGAACAGCCUGCAGGUGGAGGCCUACGAGCGCCGGAUCCGCAGGCUGGAGCAGGAGAAGCUGGAGCUGAGCCGGAAGCUGCAAGAGUCCACCCAGACCGUGCAGUCACUGCACGGCUCCACCCGGGCCCUGGGCGGCUCAGCCCGCGAUAAGGAAAUCAAAAAGCUAAAUGAGGAGAUCGAGCGUCUGAAGAAUAAAAUAGCAGAUUCAAAUAGGCUCGAGCGACAGCUGGAGGACACGGUGACCCUUCGCCAGGAGCAUGAGGAUUCCACGCAGCGGCUGAAAGGCCUGGAGAAGCAGUACCGCGUGGUGCGGCAGGAGAAGGAGGAUUUCCACAAGCAACUGAUGGAAGCGUCCGAGCGACUGAAGUCCCAGGCCCGCGAGCUCAGAGACGCCCACCAGCAGCGCCGGCUGGCGCUGCAGGAGCUCUCGGAGCUGAACGAGCGCAUGGCGGAGCUCCGCACCCAGAAGCAGAAGGCGUCCCGGCAGCUGCGGGACAAAGAGGAAGAGGCAGAGGUGGCCCUGCAGAAGAUGGACUCCAUGCGGCAGGAAGCCCGCAAGUCCGAGAAGCUCAGGAAAGAGCUGGAAGCCCGCCUGGAGGAUGCGGUUGCCGAGGCCUCCCGGGAGCGCAAGCUCCGUGAACACAGCGAGAGCUUCUCCAAGCAAGUGGAAAGUGAGCUCGAGGCCCUGAAGAUGAAGCAAGGUGGCCGGGGCCCAGGUGCCGCCUUAGAGCAUCAGCAGGAGAUUUCCAAAAUAAAGUCUGAGCUCGAGAAGAAAGUCCUGUUCUACGAAGAGGAGCUGGUCCGGCGGGAGGCCUCCCACGUGCUGGAGGUGAAAACUGUGAAAAAGGAGGUGCAUGACUCGGAGAGCCACCAGCUGGCCCUGCAGAAGGAAGUCCUCAUGCUGAAAGACAAACUGGAGAAGUCCAAGCGAGAGCGGCUCGCCGAGAUGGAAGAGGCGGUAGGCACCAUAAGAGAGAAGUCCGAGCGCGAGAGGGCCCUGCUGUUGGAGGAAAACAAGAAGCUGACAGCUGAGAACGAGAGGCUUUGUUCCUUUGUGGAUAAACUCACAGCUCAGAACAGACAGCUGGAGGACGAGCUGCAGGACCUGGCGGCCAACAAGGAGUCGGUGGCCCACUGGGAGGCUCAGAUCGCAGAGAUCAUUCAGUGGGUCAGCGACGAGAAGGACGCCCGAGGCUACCUUCAGGCCCUCGCCUCCAAGAUGGCGGAAGAGCUCGAGACGCUGAGGAGCUCCAGUCUGGGGUCGAGGGCGCUGGACCCCCUUUGGAAAGUGCGCCGCAGUCAGAAGCUUGACAUGUCUGCGCGGCUGGAACUGCAGUCUGCUCUGGAGGCAGAGAUCCGGGCCAAACAGCUUGUUCAAGAGGAGCUGAGGAAAGUCAAAGACGCGAACCUCUCCUUUGAAAGUAAACUAAAGGAUUCCGAAGCCAAAAAUAGAGAAUUAUUAGAAGAAAUGGAAAUUUUGAAGAAAAAGAUGGAGGAGAAAUUUAGAGCAGAUACUGGACUGAAACUUCCAGAUUUUCAGGAUUCUAUUUUUGAGUAUUUCAACACUGCACCUCUUGGACAUGAUCUGACAUUUAGAAGUGGCUCGGACAUGGCUCGGGCCCCGCCGAGGCCGCCCACCGUGCCGCCGCCCGCCGCGCAGCCCCUCGCUCUGGCUGGACCAAAGCCGAAAGCUCACCAGUUCAGCAUCAAGUCCUUCUCCAGCCCCACGCAGUGCAGCCACUGCACCUCCCUGAUGGUGGGGCUGAUCCGCCAGGGCUACGCCUGCGACGUGUGCUCCUUCGCCUGCCACGUGGCCUGCAGAGACAGCGCCCCCCAGGUGUGCCCCAUCCCUCCUGAGCAGUCCAAGCGGCCACUCGGCGUGGACGUGCAGAGAGGCAUAGGGACGGCCUACAAGGGCUAUGUCAAGGUCCCAAAGCCCACCGGGGUGAAGAGGGGGUGGCAGCGGGCCUACGCAGUGGUCUGUGACUGCAAGCUCUUCCUGUACGACCUGCCGGAAGGGAAGUCCACCCAGCCCGGUGUGGUCGCCAGCCAGGUCCUGGACCUCAGGGACGAGGCGUUCUCUGUGAGCUCGGUCCUGGCCUCCGAUGUCAUACACGCGUCCCGCCGAGACGUCCCAUGUAUAUUCAGGGUCACAGCCUCUCUCUUAGGGACACCUUCUAAGACCAGCUCACUGCUCAUUCUGACAGAAAAUGAGAACGAAAAGAGGAAGUGGGUUGGGAUUCUAGAAGGACUGCAGUCAAUCCUGCACAAGAACCGCCUGAGGAACCAGGUCGUGCACGUCCCCCAGGAGGCCUACGACAGCACGCUGCCGCUCCUCAAGGCCGUCCUGAGCGCCGCCGUUGUGGAUGGGGACAGGAUCUUGGUCGGCCUGGAAGAAGGGCUCUACGUCAUAGAGGUGACCCGUGAUGUGAUCGUCCGUGUUGCCGACUACAAGAAGGUCUACCAGAUCGAGCUUGCGCCCAAAGAGAAAGUCGCCGUCCUCCUCUGCGGCCGGAGCCACCACGUCCACCUCUGCCCGUGGUCCGCCUUCGACGGGGCCGAGAGCAACAUCGACAUCAAGCUUCCAGAAACAAAAGGCUGCCAGCUCAUCGCGACCGCAGCGCUGAAGAAGGGCUCUGCCACCUGCCUGUUUGUGGCCGUGAAGCGACUGGUCCUUUGCUACGAGGUCCAGAGAACUAGGCCUUUCCACAGGAAGUUCAAUGAGAUGGCGGCCCCCGGCCCCGUGCAGUGGAUGGCCGCAAUCAGAGACCAGCUCUGUGUGGGCUACCCUUCUGGGUUCUGUGUGCUGAGCCCCCAGGGGGCCGGGCAAGCUCUGACCCUGGUAAACCCCGGUGACGCCUCGCUCACGUUCCUCUCGCAGCAGCCUCUUGACGCCCUCUGUGCCGUGGAGCUCAAGAGCGAGGAGUACCUGCUCUGCUUCAGCCACAUGGGGCUGUACGUGGACCCGCAAGGCCGGAGGUCACGCGCGCAGGAGCUCAUGUGGCCUGCGGCGCCCGUUGCCUGUAGUUGCAGCCCCUCCCACGUCACGGUGUACAGUGAGUACGGCGUGGACGUGUUCGACGUGCGCACCAUGGAGUGGGUCCAGACCAUCGGCCUGCGCAGGAUAAGACCGCUCAACUCUGAGGGCACCCUCAACCUGCUCAACUGCGAGCCCCCCCGCCUGAUCUACUUCAAGAGCAAGAAUUCGGGAACAGUCCUCAACGUGCCCGACACAUCUGACAACAGCAAGAAGCAGAUGCUGCGGACCAGGAGCAAGAGGCGGUUCGUCUUCAAGGUGCCCGAGGAGGAGAGGCUGCAGCAGCGGCGAGAGAUGCUUAGAGACCCGGAAUUGAGAUCCAAAAUGAUAUCCAACCCAACCAACUUCAACCACGUGGCCCACAUGGGCCCGGGCGACGGGAUGCAGGUGCUCAUGGACCUGCCGCUGAGCGCCGUGCCCCCCUCCCAGGAGGAGAGGCCUGGCCCUGCUCCCCCCGGCCCGGCCCGGCAGCCUCCGCCAAGGAACAAGCCCUACAUCUCGUGGCCCUCAUCAGGUGGGUCGGAGCCCGGAGUGGCUGUGCCCCUCAGGAGUAUGUCCGACCCCGACCAGGACUUUGACAAAGAGCCCGACUCAGAUUCGACCAAACACUCGACUCCAUCGAACAGCUCCAACCCCAGUGGCCCCCCGAGCCCCAACUCCCCGCACAGGAGCCAGCUCCCCCUGGAAGGCCUGGAGCAGCCGGGCUCCGACGCCUGAGGCUGCCAGCCCGCUGCCUCCCCCCUGCCCUGGGGCCCGGGAGCUGGGGGAUGGCUGCCCUCCACUGUCAGUGCCAAGACUGAGCUGACUGUCCAGUGUUGUCUGAGACUCAAUCUGUAGAUACGGAGAUAAAGAAAAAUCUUUAUUAUAAUAACGAUCAGUUUUACGCCACACAGUCAGUGGCGGUAGACCUGCUCCACCCGUCUGCACAACUGUGAGGCAACACUGUUCCCUUUGCACAUGAAGGACCAGCACACAGCCUCCCCGGCCCAGAACAUGCUGAGGCGGCGCACGGGCCCCCCCAGAAAGCCGGUAGGCCCAGCGCAGCUCCAUGGAGGAAGCAGACAGCUCGGAACGAAGCCUCGGUGACGAGCCCGUUCCCCGUUUCCUGGAACUGUUUCCUAGGCCCUUAGGAGAAUAGUAGGAAGUUGUGUAUCGUCCCCAGUGUCACUAGAAUUGUGAAGACAGGCAAGUGGAGGUUAGUUGGUGGCCUUUUUACUCACGUAGCCAUCACAGUCAGCUGUACACGACCUUCUGCCGACCUCGUCGCCAUGGACAGAGGCCCCUGGUGAGUCCUGGGUCCCUGGUGUGUUCGUCUGUUCCCGGUCACAACCAUCGAGUGUCCCCUGUUAUCUUCUACUGUGAAGUCAGCUCCCUUCCGCCUCCCUGUAACACCGGGGAGCGUGAGCUGCGGCCAGGCCCCGAGGCCUGCUGGGCAAGAGGAGGCCAGCGCCCCCAGAGCCCCGCCCCUGCAUGGAGCCCUGUGAGUAGUGCCCGUAUGCAUCGUAUAGACGCGCCCGACACACUCCUGCACAUUGGCUCGGCCCGCGUAUUUACUCUCCCCUCCCUUGCUCACGUGUUGAGCGAUCAGGUUUGGAGCCCACCCCCCUGCAGGCUGAUGGUUAACUGGCCGGCAGACACAGCUGGUCUUCGGCCCAGGACAGGCUUUUCCCUGCUCUCCCAUCGGUCGACGUUCUUGGCGACACUAUUUAAGACAGACAUGCACUUACCUGGAGUCGGCACUGAGUGGCGUGGGCACCACGCCUGCCUGUGCGUGUCACACGCCCAGCACCCGCCCACCUCCCUGGGCCUCUGCUGGGGCCGGCACCUGCUGGGGGUUCUGGUUUUUACUUUUUUAAUGUAAGUUUGAGUCUUUGUAAUUAUUGAAUCGUGAGAACAUUUUUGAACAAUUUACCUGUCAAUAAAGCAGAAGACAGCAAUUUUAAAGUUCCCA